AAUGAAGCGUUCAACACUACAUCAAAAACUAAUGACGUAUUGUACGGUGACUAACAUAACAUGAUAAAAUAAAAAAAAAGGGGGGGGAAGAUAGAUAAUCUAUAAGGAGCCAGGCCUGGGUGGGCUCAGGGCUAGAUUUCCACACUGUCUUGCCUUGUUUGUACCCACUCUCUCCAGUGCCGGGCAUCUUUGACCUGUUUAAUCUUUGACAAAUAGAAUUAUUCUUUGCCAUUUUUUUUUAAACCUGUAUUUAUGUACUAUUGGAACGGUUUCGUAAUCCAUUUCCUGGUCUAGAGGACAGAAGAACAAUGGCUGCGGGGAGUGUUCCUUCAGAGAUCAUAGAAAGAGAACGAAAAAAGUUACUUGAAAUCCUCCAACAAGAUCCUGAUUCUGUCUUAGAUACAUUAACCUCUCGGAGGCUGGUUUCUGAGGAAGAGUAUGAGACUCUGGAGAAAAUUACAGAUCCCCUGAAGAAAAGUCGAAAGCUGUUAAUUUUGGUACAGAAAAAGGGAGAGGUGAGCUGUCAGCAUUUUCUCAAGUGUUUACUUAGUACUUUUCCAGAGUCAGCUACCAUUUGGGGCUUACGGCAUGAAUUUUUAAAGCAUGAUAAUAUAGGACCUCCUCAGCCUAUAAGGGUAAGCAAGAAUUCAGAAGAUGUUUUUUCCUCUGGAGAGAAACAGCCUGAGAAUCCUGAGAUCACAGUGUCCUUCACAGAGAAAGAACACCUGGAUAUGGGAACCUCUGAAUCCUUCGGGGACAAGAAAACUAGUCAUAAAGAAACUGCUUGGACCCCCAGGGAAAAUGAGGAGGAAUACAACACACCCAAAGUCAUAUUGCCACCUUCAUUUGAGAACACUGAAUAUGAAAUUCCAGCAACUAUUGCAUAUUUACAGGAUGGACAGAGAUACAAGGAGCCAGAUGAUUCUCUGUACUUAGGAAAAGAGGAAUAUCUAGAAUCUCUUGGAUACUCUGAAGAUGCAGAGCCUGCUGUGGAAGAAGAGAAUUAUAAUGACUCAGAACACAGUGUUUAUGAUGGUGAAGAGGGUUCUGCAUUUUCAGAAACCACGCACUUCUCUGAUGAAGAACAGAGCUAUGAGGAUUCAGAAACUGGCAUGUCAUUGGAGGAGGAGAAAAGGAUUGAAGAAAGAAAAAAUAUGUUUAAAGAUGUCCUGUCAUGUUUGAACAUGGAUAGGAGCAGAAAGCUUCUGCCAGAUGUUGUCAAACAAUUCUCCUUAGAUCGAGGAUGUAUGUGGACCCCUGAGACUCCAGGAGACUUAGCCUGGAAUUUCCUGAUGAAAGUUCAAGCUCUGGAUGUGACAGCCAGAGAUACAAUCCUCAGACACAAGGUUCCGGGUGAGGAUGGCAAAGAGGAAUUGCUGGCUGGAGUAGAGAAUUUGGAAAUCAGGGACAUACAAACCAUUCAUCCCUUUGAUGUUCUUUGUGCCUCUAUGCUCUGUUCAGACAGCUUGUUGCAGCGUGAAAUCAUGUCAAACAUGUAUCAGUGCCGGUUUGCUCUUCCCCUGCUCCUGCCAGAUGCAGAAAACAACAAAACUAUCUUAAUGCUAGAGGCCAUGAAGGACAUUGUGAAACAGUGGUCAACACAGUCUUCAGGAGGGCCUACAGUGGACACAGAAACGUUUCCGAAGAUGCCUAUCAUCUCUUUUGUGCGCCUAGGAUACUGUAGCUUCUCCAAGUCCAGAAUCCUUAACAGACUGCUUGGUCCUGCCCAACCAGGACAAUCACACAAAAUCUUUCUCCAUCAGGAUUUUACUGUCCCAGUGCUUCCCCGGCAAAUCUCUGAUGGCCUGGUUGAGAUAAUGUGGCAUUUUCCUGAGAGCGAUAGUCUAAAGGAAAACCCUAGUUUUUUCCAAAAGCCUGUUGCUCUGGCCAACCUCCGUGGAGACUUAGAAAGUUUUUGGACACAGUUUGGUUUUUUGGUGGAAGUUUCCUCAGCUGUAUUUUUUUUCACUGACUACAUAGGUGAGAAGGAGUGGGACUUGCUAAUGUUUUUAGGAGAAGCUGCCACUGAAAGAUUCUACUUUGUCCUCAGUCCCCAGGCCCAGGAGAGUGAAGAGGCUCAGCUUUUCCAGAGGAUUCUAAAGUUGAAGCUAUCACAGCUACUGUUUUGGGAGGGGGAGGAAGCUGGGGAGAAAGGGAAAAAUAUGGAGGGUCUUCAAGCAGCUCUGCAGGAAGUGAUGUCCUCUCCACUCAGAUGUGUGUCUAUGGAGGACAUGGGCUCCCUGGCCAGGGAGUUGGGAAUCCAGGUAGACCAAGACUUUGAGAACGUUCAGGGAAUUCACAGUUCCCCUAGUGAAAACCUGGCUGGAACAGCUAAAGAUGAGAGACAACAAAGAUACAGUCAGCCAGAAAGCUCAUCUGAAAGCCCAGCUGAGAUGCCUGUAAGAGAGCCUGGGGCUAGCUGGAAUCUUCAGAAUUUCCACCACACCCCAGUAUUGGAAAACUUCUGUCCUUUACCAACCAGAAUUGGAGGUGACUUUAACCAUGUUUCUUUGAAAGCCCCCUGGGUUAUGGGCUCCUAUUUUUGGUCAGAGCAGAGGUCUAAGUGGUUCCGUCCCUGGCCCUUUCAGAAAACAAGGGACUAUGGUCGAGGUAAAUGUUUUAGGUUUCAGGACUUCCAACCCCAGAGAUUUUAUUCACCUGAAAGAUUUAUGAAAUUUUCAAGAACUGCUUGGGGACAUCGCACGGAUAAAACAUUUGGGAGACCACCAAGACCUAAAUCUCAUCAUGUACAGGCCUGGCCUGAGAGACCACAGACAACGGGAGCUCUUGAAAGAUCUGGGGAAGUGGUCUCCCACUUAGGUCACUUCCAUUCCCUGAGUUUGCAGUCAGCAGGAACAGCUGGGAAGCCACAGCCUAAGCAAGCCUAUACCCAGAGAACACAGCCAACUAGGGCAACCGGGAAGCUUAUGAAAACAAUACCCCAUAUUGAAGGUCUUUACCCCCAGGCCUUUCAACCAGCAGGAGCCAUACAAAAACCUGUAAGACCUGCUUCUCAGCAAGGAGCCAAACUGAAGACACAGGAUGGGCCUUCAAAUCCAGCUUUCCAAAUGGGAUCCUAUCCCAGGCCCAAUAGCAAAUGUUUACCCAGCUCCCAGUUCACAUCCAACCAGCCCAAGCCAUCCCAGUUCAAGCAAUCCCAACCUGUGCCCUCUCAACCCAAACCCACUCACACAAAACCCACUCAGCCCUGGCCCUCCCAAGCUAAACCCUUCCCACCCAAACCCACUCAACCCCAGCCCUCCCAAGCUAAACCCUCUCCACCCAGACCCACUCAGCCCAAGCCAUGCCCACCCCAGGGCUCCCAAUCUAACCCUUCUCAGCCCAGACCCACUCAGCCCAAGCCAUGCCCACCCCAGGUCUCCCAAUCUAAGCCUUCUCAGCCCAGACCCACUCAGCCCAAGCCAUGCCCACCCCAGGUCUCCCAAUCUAAGCCUUCUCAGCCCAGACCCACUCAGCACAAGUCAUGUAGGACCAGUCCUUCACAGGCUAAGUCAUACAAUCCAGGAGCAGGGCCCAAGAGGGCAGGGAAACGUUAAAAUGCUUACUAUGAAACAAAUCCUUCACCCAGGCCGUUGCUAUCAUACGGCUACCUAAAGAAGAGUGGCAGUGAUGGUAAGAGAUUCCUAUCAUUAUCAUGACAGAAAAAAAAAAAGAUAUGCACAGCCUAACUGGUAUCAUUAAAAUAUCUAUAAGAAUUGUGUCUACCAAAAGGAAAAAUAUGAAAAGAAUUAAGAAUAGAAUCAAGGAGUAAAUAAAUUAACUGAACCCAAUCUUAAGUAUUAGGUAAUAUAUAACCUGAAUCCGAGGACUGGGGCUGUUGAGACCACCCCAUAAAAUAAGGCUCAGGCAGCCUCAGUGUUGCAAGAAAAACUGCUUUAGAUGUUGGCUGCUCCAGAGGUGCCUUAGUCAAAGCUUUUUGGUUCAAUAUCAGCCACUAAGCAGAUAAUCUUGUUUGUUUGGGAUGUUUAAAUCCAUUUACUUGUGAUAACAGCUCCAAUUUGCUUUGAUGAUGUAAAUAUCUCAUCUGACCCUUACAGAAAUAAUGAGCUAAAAACCAAUGAAAUAAGUUAUUUUGCAUUAACUUGGGUAUGAUUUGUGUAUGUUUUAUAUUUAAAGUACUUGUAAUAGUUAAGGUAAUUUGGCUUAUUAAAAGAUCUGAUAUCCUCAUGAUUUCAACUUAAAAUGUAUAAUUAAAAUUUUAAUUUUAGAGUUAUAAAGCUUGUAAAGAGCAUUGCAAUGUUUUUUUUUUUUUUUAAGAUUUUAUUUAUUUUUUAGAGAGCGAGCGAGAGAGAAACAGCAUGAGAGGGGAGAGGGUCAGAGGGAGAAGCAGGCUCCCCACUGAGCCCGGAGCCCGAUGUGGGACUCGAUCCCAGGACCCUGGGAUCAUGACCUGAGCCGAAGGCAGACGCUUAACCAUCUGAGCCACCCAGGCGCCCCAGAGCAUUGCAAUGUUUAAGAGAACAUAAGAUUCACAAAAUUUUACAAUUUUACUGUAUUAGAUUCAUUCCUGUCCUAAACAUUUGAGUAAGUUCUGCCAGUGAAGUUUAGUUAAGUUUGUAAAUAAUAGCAAAUAUUAAUAAAGGGCCACUUAAAGAUUGAUGUUAAAAUUUGCUAGGUGUAGAAAUAAAAUAAUAAGAUUUGUAAAUUGGA